UAGCCAAAGCUAUAACACUUCUGUUUUCUUUGUAACAAAAUACUGUUGAAAAACAAACAGAACUAAACUCCACUGUGGAGAUGAUUCGAGCAUGUUGAAAAUUCUUUUUACAAAGUAAAUUAAAUGGCUACUGUUUCACACUGAGGUAACUGAGGCUUACUGCCUGUGCUGCAAACCACAAAUCAAGUAAGUAAACAUUAAACAAAUAAACAACUUCUUUCUCUUAACAAAACCAAACUCGUUGAAAAUUCUUCUUCUGAAGGCUUGCUCUCUGUACUGUGACAAUGUCACCUGCAGUGACCAGCUUGUGUAAGGGCAGCUGUAGCAUCAACACAGCUGCAGCUGUCACUGCGGUGGAAAAACGUGACAACUUUCCUCACUCUGCCGAGGAGUCGGGACAUCUGGUGAACGCCCAUCCCUCUCUGCGCAGCCAGAUUAACAGUGUGAGCAAAGCAUCGUAUACAGUAUGCGGGGAAAAUCUGGCUGCUUCGACAGCAUUGGCAAUGUUUCUGCUGUUAUCUGUUGUCACUUAAAGCACUUACGGCAAAUUGUGUGGGUCUUGUCGUCUACACGAUUGCCGUCCUUUAUCUCCACCAGGUUAGCCGAAAUGUUGCCAUACUGCUGACUUAAAUGAAGAGGGAGGAUCCGCUAUUUCUGGGUUGGUUGCCAUGUUUCGUCACGUUCUUCUUCAACUAGCUCAACUUUUGCAGGCAGGCGUCACAUGAUUCAUUUGAUCUGAACGGGAGAGAUAACUCUGGGAGUUGGAAGGGGUGUGUCGCGAUUCUGCCUUAUCACACCGCGACACAGGAUCGUGGAUCUGAGUGUCGCGAUUUCGGUUUCAUAUUGCAUAUUGUUACAGCCCUAGUGUGUAUGCAUGUUUCUGUCUGCCUAUCCAUGGUUCAGCUUUUCCUUUGUCUUACAUUAUAUUGUCGCCAUGCAAACUUGCACAGAACAGGAACCAAAGGCUGUGUAGUUCUAAAACGAUUACCAUUGCACUCCAAUCCAGCCGCCUCUGGACCAUGCAUGUUUUCGAGGGAAUGAGUUGGCUUCCUGUCACUUAAUUUCUUCCUGUAAAUGCAGAAAAAGGCACUUCCUACGGGAUGAAGCCAGAGAGGAAGCAACGGCACAGAUCUCAGGCCUUUUGCUGAGGCUUGGGUUGUACUUGGAGGGGGGCUGUGUUUUUCCAUAAAGUUGCACCACUACACGGGAGCUGAGGCUAAAUCAUUUGCCGUGUGAUCCCAUGAGUCAUGACCUCAGUGGUGCUGGUCGACACUGGUGGGACUGUGGUGGAGUAUGUGUCAGCGGAGGAGGACCCUCAACAGCAGGAGGGAGAGUGUGACGUGGAUCCAGAGAUGGAUGGAGAGGUGGAAGGCGAGUGUGAAGCUGAGGAGACCUACGAGGAAGUACAGGUCAGAGAGGAGGCAGAGGAUUAUCCAGCAGUCAUAGUGGAGGAGGUUCCUGGUGCCAGUCUGGUCGAGGACCAAAGUUACUCAGCCCAGGUGUUGGUGUAUGAUGACGGAAUGUACCUGAUGCAGGAAGUGGUCGAUGAGCAGGUGGUGGAGACAGAAGGGGAAACAGUGGAGGCCUCUGUCCACGGCACCAGCAUCCACUGCUCUGACAAGACGUUUGAGGCAGCAGAAGCUCUGCUUCACAUGGAUUCACCAUCCAGCAUCAGAGAGGACCGCAGUCCAGACACGUUUGUGUCGUCAUGCAUAGCGACGCCAGACAUCCUUCACGCUGCCAUGCGCCCAGAUGUGAUGGCAGUGUCAGAGGUGGAGAUAUCGACAGAGGAUUACUGCGAGGAGGAAGAUGAAGACAUGGUCACAAUGCUGGAGGAUCCAGAGCCGGAACCUGACCACGAGCCUGUCAAAAAGAGGAGAGCUGGACGGAAGCCAAAGACACAUCAGUUGGCCAUGUCUAACGGCUCAGCAGAGUUUGGUAUCAAGAGGAAGCAAAGAGAAGGAAAAGCAGGGAGCACCACCUACCUAUGGGAGUUUCUGCUGGACCUCCUGCAGGACAAGAACACCUGUCCCAGAUACAUCAAGUGGACACAGAGGGAGCAGGGUAUCUUCAAACUGGUGGACUCAAAAGCUGUGUCCAAGCUGUGGGGCAAACACAAGAACAAGCCAGACAUGAACUAUGAGACCAUGGGACGGGCUCUAAGAUAUUACUACCAGCGCGGCAUCCUUGCCAAAGUAGAAGGUCAGCGGCUGGUUUACCAGUUCAAGGAGAUGCCCAAGAACAUCGUCAUCAUCGACGACGACACAACAGACAUGGACAUCUCCGGCGAUCUUGUCACUUCAGACACUGCAGCCUCCUAUGAGCGUGUGCCGCCGCCGACAGACAUGCUGCUCCAGGCGUCCGAAGUCUCGUCCACCAAGAAGCCCAACAUCCUGCGGGGCGGGAACAGACCCAAUAUCGUCCAGGCUCCUGUUGCUACAGUGAGCAAAGCGGUGGCAGCAGGGGUUCCCCGGAUAGUGACCGUUACUGCAGCACCAGAUGUCAGUCAGGCACAACAGUCUCGCACAACAAUCAUCCCAAACGCCACCGGGUCCAGAACGGUGCGGGUGGCUAUGCAGGUUCCCGUGGUCAUGACGACAUCACUGGGGCAGAAGAUCUCCACAGUUGCUGUGCAGCAGUCGACAGGAACAACAGGGGGAGCCGGACACACCACCCUCCUCAACAGCACUUCUGCGAUUGGUGCUGCUGGUAACGCCAACUCACAACAGAAGGUUGUGCUUCAGACGAUCCCCACCAUGGUUCCCGCCACAGCAGAGAACGGAGACAAGAUCACAGUGCAGCUGGCAAAGAUCAUCACCAUCCCAGCUCAUCAGUUAGCUCAGUGUCAUCUCCAAGCCUCCGGCGGCACAAACAAGCCCGGCAUCGGCGCCUCCUCGGCAGGCAUCAGCCUCCUUGGCAGCCCUCUGACCAUGCGGACGCUGUCUCCUGUCAGCGUCGCUCCUGGAACGCAGGUGAUGAGACUCACCGUGCCGACGCAGGCACAGCAACAGACUCUGGUGGUGUCACAGCCGGGAAGCAUCGGCAGCAGGGCAGGAGCGAUGACGGUGUCGACCACCAAUCAGCCUCGCGUCUUUAGUGGACUCAUCAGCGGCUCAGAGCUAUUGAUCGGAGCAUCGGCGUCCGGAGGAGUGACAGUGGAGAAGCUGAAGGCUGCAGGAAUCCAGGUCCAGACUGUGCAGGUGCCUCUGCCGGCGGCAGCUCAACAGAACCAGGGGAACCCCAAAACUGUCCACAACGUCCAAACAGAGGCGGUAGACGCAGAGGUGGUAUUCAAACUGGAAACACCUAAUGUGACGAUUAAGUCAGAAGAGCCCGAGUGUUGAAAAACACACACAUUUACGAGUAUGCGUCUUCUCCGUCUCUGACAGAGAGUUAGUUUGUACAUAUCUGAAGUCAUUUUUACUCCUUUGAUAACCAGCAGCAGUCUGUGAGACUUUAAAAUCUGACUUCUGAAAGCCUGUUUUUGUUUUUUUUAUAUAUAUUAGUCUUCAGCCUGUUUUCACUCGCUGCCUCAGACUGAAAUUGAACCAAGGCAGAUUCUCAGUGUUGUGUCCCAAGUUCAAACUGGAUCCUCGUACAGAGGAAAACACAGACUUCAGCGGGAGUUUGUUGGUGAAGGUAAAGGGACCAACCGUCAUCACUACAGCGUCUGCCUUCUAAACGCAUUAACAUCACUGAGUCAAAUUAGAGCGAGGGGGAAAAAAGAGGAUUCCAAAACACUACAAAACCAGGCAAAUGAUCACAACCAAACAAAAAAAUGUGAACUGAUAAACAGAUAUAAAAAAAGGAGAGUGAUGUGAUGAAACUUUUGUAGAUGUUUUAUUUUCAAUAUUUUCUUCUCCGUCAUGGAUAAAACCAGCAACUUUCAUCACUGUGUGGAUCAUGUGUGCAUGGUGCUACAUGAGAGCGAGGGAGAAGCUGUCACAAAGACAGUGAAAUGGUUGUGUAUGUACAUAUUUAUAUAUAUAUAUAUAUAUAAUGUAUAUCUUCUAUACAGUUUAUGGAGCUAAAGUUAACAGCCAUAGGUUUAAAUUCUAACAUUCUUUUUCAUGUAGCGCUUGAACGGUUAACUGAAAUUUUAAUUUGUGUUUUGAUACCUUGUACCAAGCACAGUAUUAUUUUACGGAGGGCGUCUGAUAUUUGUUUUCAUCUUCUAUUCCCAUGUCUCCAUCAAGAAAAUCUGCACACUUAAAUAUGCUCCCUGUGUUUGACAAAAAGGAUCUUUGUUUGGCUCUGACUGCACUCGGUCUGGCUGUGUGGGGGAAAAAGCCACUGGAAGCCAGGACGCGAUGAUGUACGUCAACAAAUGAAUACGUUAUUUUAAUUUUCUGAAAUGUAGGCAGUGAAAAAUCACACCAUGUCAAAAGAAAAAAAGAAAAGAAACCACUGUGGAUCCCAGGUCACUUUACUUACAGAGUCUGUGCCAUUUUUGGCUCAACAUUUCAUUAUUUUUAUUUUUUAAUCUAAAAAAAAAAAAGGGACAAUAGAAAAAAUGUUUGUGUUCAGACUGAACUGUUUGUAUAUUCAACAUUUGAAGUAUAUUCUAUUUUGUUGUACUCUUGUUUCAAAGUGUAUUAAAGUAGAUUUUACUGAAACAUAAAACAUUUGAAACUCAA